AUGUCAGACUCGCCACCAUUAGCCACCAUAGAAUUGGGCAGCAUUCCCAGCUCCCGUGCCUAUGCCCCCGAUAUGGAUAGCCUACAGAGUUUAAGGUUCGUCAGAGUGCGUGACCACGAGCUACGGCACAAUCAGAUGUUCCUAAAAUAUCAUUGCUUUUCUCAUGAAGGAGCAGCAGAACUUGAAGUUAAGAAGUUCAUUGUGAAAGAAUUUGAAGAGAUGAGGGAAUUUCUAGCUUCGCUCGACGGCGAAGACAUUCACAUCCUAAAUGCAACCCAUCGUACUGUUUUCUUGCUCUUUGGAAGCGAAUUUCGGGAACUAUGCAAUAGCCUCAACUUCGCGCCAUGGGUACCAAGCCGGCUGGAUUCCAAUGUCCGCAGAGGGUUAGGGCGACGCCUUUACGGCUCAUACUACGACAUUUGGUUCACUGUGCCAUUGAUUAAUGCCAGUGCGAGGAUAGAUGAUAGUCACGCUCUUAGCCAGGAGCUUUUGGCCCUGCCAAUGCACGAAGCUGGAACAACUACCCAUUUUCUUGACGACAUGGGCAUGUUCUACCUCAGUUUUAACACUGAUACAAGACAAACUCGGAUUCUCUAUUCAGACACUACUUCAAACGGCUCAAUAGAGCAAAAGUUGCUUGCGACGUGCGAAAGAGCAGCUGAGCUUGGUGUGCGGGAUGAUCCAUUUACCUUUCUCAUAUGUGCUCUGAGCUCGGUUCUGUACGCACAGAGUUUGUAUGCACAGUUGAUUUCUCAUCCUAUUCCCCAAUUGGAGGACUAUAGCAAUUCCCUCAAGUUUGAGAUACAAGAAAGUGAAGAGAAGAACGUCAAAGAAACAGCGAUUAGAUUGAGGAAAACGUUACCCUAUCUGGAGAAAGUCUUUGAGGCGGUGGAAUGUAUAGGCCAGGUCAUCGAAGAUACGCUGAGUGAACACAAGGAGUGUAGAGAUCUAUUCUCCAUUCCUCCACAACAAUUCCUCCGCGUUGAGAAGAAUUUGCAAACUCUCCGCUCCCAGGCCAUUGCGUUCAAAAGCCACCAAGUUUCCCGCAUCGGGAGAGUAAACGUCAGCUUGUCUACGCUCUCAUCCCUCUUGAGCCUCAGAACAGAUAGUGCUAUCAAAGCCAGCACAGAAGCAAUGACUAGAUUGUCCGAAGCGAAUCGAGAAGACAGCUGCAAGAUGAAUGACAUCGCAAUGGCCACGAAACUCGAUAGCGAGGCAAUGAUCACCAUUGCCAAACUCACCAUGUUCUAUCUCCCAUCAACGUUUGUGGCUACCUUGUUCAGCAUGGGAAUCUUUAACUUUGACUUCGACAACGGGAAGAGUGGACGUCUCUACAUGUCCAGCCAAUGGUGGCUGUAUAUCAUCUUUGCGAUGCCACUCACUUUGGGGACAUUUUACUGGUUUCGUGCAGUGACGAGAUCACACAAGAAAGCAAGCGAGAAAGCUGAACGAGAGGCCAAACAGCCUGAAUAG